AUGGCAAAAAGUUACAUCGUGAGUAGCGUCCCUUCUUUGCAGGGAGACCAGAAAGAAGAGACAAUGGUGAAUGUUCAUGGUUUACAAGACCGGCAGCCUCCAAGAAGCACAGAGAAGCAGCAACAGCAGCGUUUGAGGCACUCUUUUGAUUUGUUCUUUUCAAGCAAAAGAAAAGUUCCCAACGCUUCAGACCCUCUUCACAACCGCUGA